AUGGUGCAAGAACAAGGUGGUGUCAUCACUGGACUCAAUCCAGCUACUUACAAUGCAAAUGAUCCAAUCGUAAUAUUCAUCAUCCAGGUUCUUCUUAUCAUCGUCUUCGUCCGCGGUCUCGAUCUAAUAUUGUCAAAACUGCUACAACCGCGUGUGAUUUCUGAAGUUCUCGGUGGUAUCAUACUUGGCCCAUCUGUCCUUGGACGAAUCCCCGGAUUCACAGACGCAAUAUUCCCCACGGCAUCUCUUCCCCAGCUGAAUUUAAUCGCAAAUAUUGGUUUGGUCCUGUAUUUGUUCUUGGUUGGCGUCGAGUUGGAUCCCAGAAUGGUAUUGAAACAGGCAAAACUAUCCAUAAGCAUCUCGGCAAUUGGCAUGGCUUUGCCCUUUGGUUUGGGUAUUGCCGUCAGUUACGGAUUAUAUCAGAUUAAUCAUCCCGAUAUACACAUUGCAUUCGGUACUUUUCUGUUAUUUAUGGGUGUGGCCAUAUCAAUCACGGCAUUUCCCGUACUUGCCCGUAUUGUCACUGAACUCAAACUCACUCAAACGCGAGUCGGCUCAACUGCUCUCUGCGCGGCCGUCGGUGACGAUAUCACCGCUUGGGUUCUCUUGGCUCUUGUCGUGACAAUUGUCAACGCCUCGAGUUCUCUUACUGCCCUCUACGUCUUCCUUCUCGCUAUCGCAUGGGGUCUUAUCUUGGUCUUCCUCGUGAGACCAUUGCUAUUGAAGCUUAUUAUCAAAACCAACAGCCAUAUAAACGGUCCAACAGUCUCAAUGAUGGCUUUUACUCUUUUCUUGGUAUUGGUAUCGGCGUUUAUUACUGAUAUUAUUGGUGUCCACGCCAUCUUUGGUGCUUUUAUGGUUGGAGUUAUAAUUCCUCACUCUGAUGGAUUUGCUCUCGGAAUCACUGAAAAAAUCGAAGAUCUUAUUAGUAUUCUGUUCCUGCCAGUCUUCUUUGCGAUCUCUGGUCUCAAAACUCAAAUUGGCUUGUUAAACACUGGCGCUGCCUGGGGUUAUGUCUUCUUGGUCAUAUUUGUAGCCAUGUUUGGCAAGAUAUCUGGAUGCACUAUAGUAGCUAGAGCAUAUGGCAUUCCAUGGAAAGAAGCGCUUACCGUCGGUGUAUUCAUGAGUUGCAAAGGACUUGUCGAACUGAUCGUUCUCAACAUCGGUUUGUCUGCCAAAGUUAUCGACGCCAAGGUCUUUGCCAUUCUAGUAGUGAUGGCCAUUGUCACUACUUGCGCCACGACUCCUCUGGCAAUCUGGAUAGGCGCGGAUGACCUUAAACUUGAUAGUCAGAGAAGACUAUUACUUCGAAGGAAAUCCAAGGAUGAGGAAGAAUCCGUUUCAUACCAAGCAACCGAACCUAAGAACAAGAACAACAUCCUUGUUGUAUUAAACAAAGUGGAAUACAUAUCGCCCAUGAUGUCUUUAAUCAGACUCCUCCAACCGAUCCAAUCUGAUACGUCAACCGCCGACAAUACGUCUGUCUCUAGUGACGAGAAAGCCGCGGCUAAACAAAUCACCGAUCAUAGAGUGGUAACCGUGCACGCUCUCCGUCUCAUGGAACUAGGACAGCGCAUGUCCGAAAUCAUGAAAUCUCACGAAUCUGCAGAAAUCGCCCACCAUGAUCCCAUUAUGAAUGUAUUCCGCAUCUUUGGGGAACAAAAUAUUUUCAACGUCGAAUCCACCCUACAUAUCACACCAGUUCAGAAAUUUGCUGAACAAGUGUUGCAGAGUGCCUCUAAAUCAUCAGCUGAACUUAUUAUAGUACCCUGGAGUGGGGCUGGAUCGAUCGCUUAUGAUAACCCUGAAGACUUUUACAAACCUCGAGAAUAUUCCGAUACUAAUCCGCAAGUAGCCCAAUAUGUCCAAGAAGUAUUCAAUGCCACCGAGAACACAAUCGUAACAGCUUUCGUCGAUCGCGGCCUAGGAAUGGUUCCAGGAGGAGCUCCAGUGACGGGGAAACCGGAAAUUAAGAUUUCCUUGUUUGUACCAUUUGUUGCUGGCGCUGAUGAUCGUGAAGCAUUGGCUUUGGUUGCUCGAUUUUUGGAAAGCCCAUACGUUGAGGCGACUAUUUUAAGAAUAAUCAAGUCAGAAGAACCAACCGAUAACGACACGCAAUUGGAGCCUAUACCUGCAGUACUUGGGAAAGACGACGAUGGAAAUAUUACGCCCCAGAGACCUCCAGUUUCUACGACGAUCAACCCGGUCUCAUCUGCUUCGAUCGCUGUGGUUAACUAUUCCACUGUUGACCGAAUGGCAUCCAACGCUGCUGAUGAACUGCAUGUGAACAAGUAUUUCGGUCCUCGUGGUAAACUUACAAACCACCAACGCGUCAAAUAUAGCGAAUUGAAGACGUCUACCCCUAUGCAAACGGCGGUGCAGCAAGCUAAAGAUUUGGUUGGAAGAAAAGAUUUGGUUGUUGUUGGACGCGGCCAGCGCAACAUCUCGUAUAGUCAUCGAGACGAGUGGAUGGAAAUGAUUAGGCGCAUGGGAAUUGGUGGUAAUGAUAUACGUAGAAGUCUUGGAGAGAUGGCAGCUGCUAUGCUUGGUGGUGGUAUACAAGCUAGUGUGCUCGUUGUUCAGGCGAACAAGGAAAGCAAAUAA